AUGCCUCCACGGACGUCGCCUCGGAAGAAGGCAACCACCACAGCCGUCAAAGCCGAAAAGGAAGUCGUUCACAAAGCCAACGGCGCCGCAGCCAAGGCCAAGGUCAUCAAGACCAAAAUUGAGGCCGCUACGCCAAAGAAGAGGACUGCAAGCAAGAAGCGCAAGGCAGCUGAUGACACCGAAGACGAGGAUCACCAGUGUGAUAGUCACAACGAGGAAGAACAGGACGAAAAGGAGAAACCCGGCCCCAAGAAGCGGAAAACCAAGAAGGACAAAGAAGCAGACGCCAUGCCGCUCGCUGCGAGGACAGCCGUCAGCUCGCUUGAGCGAGCGAUGUUCAUCGGCGCACAUGUCAGCGGUGCAGGAGGUUGCCAAAACUCCAUCCAGAACGCCGUGCACAUCGGCGCCAACUCAUUCGCACUCUUCCUCAAGUCUCAGCGCAAGUGGGUCUCCCCGGCCCUCAAAGACGACGACCGCGACGCCUUCCACGCCGCAGCCAAGGGGCAGAAGUACGACCAGAGCCUGCACGUCCUCCCGCACGGGUCCUACCUCGUGAACCUCGCGCAGGCGGACAAGGCCAAGGCCGACCAGGCCUACGACAACUUCGUCGACGACCUGAAGAGGUGCGACGCCCUGGGCAUCAAGCUCUACAACUUCCACCCUGGCUCGACGGGCGGCGAGACGAUGGCCUCGGCGUGCGGCCGGAUCGCGGCGCAGCUCAACAAGUCGCACCGCGCGACGCGGUCGGUCGUCACGGUGCUGGAGAACAUGUGCGGGCACGGCAACAUCAUCGGGGGGCGAUUCGAGGACCUGCGCGACAUCAUCGCCGGCGUGGAGGACAAAUCGCGCGUGGGUGUCUGCAUCGACACUUGCCACUCGUUCGCCGCGGGCUACGACCUGGCCACGCCCGAGGGGUUCGCGGCCGUCAUGGCCGAGUUCGACCGCGUAGUCGGGUUGCGCUACCUGAAGGCGCUGCACCUGAACGACAGCAAGGCGCCCUUUGGGUCGCACCGUGACCUUCACGCCAACAUCGGCACUGGCUUCAUGGGCUUACGAGCUUUCCACAAUGUCAUGAAUUACGACGGCUUCCAGAACUUGCCUAUGGUGCUGGAGACACCUAUAGACAGGAAGAGUGCGGAUGGCAAGACGGUGGAGGACAAGCAGGUUUGGGCUGAUGAAAUUAAGCUGCUGGAGUGGCUUAUCGGGGCAGACUCGGAGAGCAAGGAGUUUAAGGAGAGGGAAAGCGAGCUGUCGGCCAAGGGCGAGGCUGAGAGGAAGAAGAUACAGGAGCAGGUCGAUAAGAAGGUCGCUAAGGAUGCUAAGAAGGGGACCAAGAAGAAGGGCAAGAAAGCCUCCUCAGACGACGAGGACAGCGAGUAA